AAUUCCCACAUUUUCAGAAAAAUCUAUAUGCCACGAAAAAAGUUUUGAAUUUCGACCCGGAACUUAUUGACACUCCUAAUAUAUAUAUAUGUUUUAUUGCAUGUUUUUCCAUUUCAGGUUCAAUAUCAAUAAUAAUAUUUAAGUAAAAUUUUGCAAUGAAUAAUAUUUUAUUAGAACACUCAUGUUUUGGAACACGAAUAAUUGAAGCUCUUGUUAGCAGAAUUUUUAGAUUUCUGUAUUAGUUUCCGAAAGCUGCAAGGCGGGCAGAUGAAGAAUUUGAGUUCUACUCGGCAGUUUGGUUCUCCUUUCCCUCGUACUUUCUUCAAAUAUUCUUCGCACUUCUUCGCCAACAAUCGGCGGAGAAGUACGAAGAAUAGAAGAAGAAAGUGCGAAAGGUAGAUGAAUCCCUCUGUGGUGAAAACGCGGCGGUUUGCGAAAAAUGGACUAUAAACGGAAGAUAAGGAUACCUCCUUAUCUGUUUUUUUAAAUCUUUUUUGAUCUUAAAUUGUUCAUGCAUUUUAUUGUCAGAAAACAAUUCCAGGUUAAUUCAUAAAUAGGAAAAUAUUCAAGUAAGACAUUUCUUUAUUACCCAGAAUUUUGAAAAUAUAAAAAUUUUGAUGACCAAGUUCUGAAAUUAUACGCUCUCAAGAAUAUUCCGAAUGCCUGAAUAUCACAUAAUUCAACAUACACCCUUAUUCCAAGUAGCCAUAGCAACAAUACAUUAACUCUAUUCCUCUCAUCUCUAACUAUGCUCGGCCACCUGCUUCUUCUGCUUGUGCUCAUGCAUUGAAGUCGUAUUUUUCUUUCGAAAUGGCAGGAGUCGAUGAAGAAGAAGAUAGCCGUUAUGUUUUAACAAAUCGAGAAUUUCGUAAAAUCUACCGUGAAAUUAUGGGAGAUACGAAGACUCAGGUCAACAUUAAGCAAGCAUAUACGAUUUUGAAUUGUUCCGGUAGAAAUGUGACAUCAGCUCAUCUAUUGAAACAGUGGGAGUUUCUUAAUGAAAAAAUAGCUGUAGAUCGUCUCUAUGACAUAUACAUAAAAGCCGAAGAAGUUGUGUUGGAAGGUCAUGAAUACGAGAAAGCAGUGAGAACAAAAACAUUGAAAUUGGAUGACAUUUUGGGUUCAGUUAAAGAUGGAUCUCUUGUUAAUAAACAAUAUCUGGAAAUUAUUAUUAAUGAAUUUACAAGAAGUGAUGGAUAUGUUGAUAUUGGAGCAUUACUCGAUACGGCAACUCAAUCUAAAGUUGAUAUUGUGAACAAGCUAUUAGGGCCAAAAGUGGAAGAGGACGAGAUGUUUACAGUAAAAGUACGUGGAUGUAUGACUGUAUAUCCAAAAGUUCAGUGUAUUUCUUAUAAGAUUGAUGUUGAUAAGCCAACUGUUUGUGAGCUGACACUUUGUUUAGCACCUAAUAGCGAUGUUCCAGCUGAUAGAUUCAGUAAUGAUCUAUUUCUAGUUGUUUAUAAUAAUGAACAGAAAUUAGUUGGUUUAACACGUCAUGUACUUGAAGAAAGAAAGUACAGUACUGGAAUGAUGACUGUUAAUGAAGGAGAUGAAGUAAUGAUUGUUGGAAUGGGAACAACUACAAAUAGAAAAAGAUCAACAACUGAAAGAGUUCCAUUGAUUGAAGAGACUAAUAAAUUAAGCAAGAGAUUCAAAUCCACUUUGAUGAAUAUAUUCGAUUCCUUUGAUGUUGAUCAGGACGGUUUACUGAAUAAAGAAGAAAUGAAUUUCUAUACACUUGCAAGUGGAGAUUCUGAGCUAACAGAUCAAGAUUGGUUCGUUUAUUUGAAUAGUUUUGAUAAUCGAGAUGGAGGUCUAACUAUGGGUGGAUUCAUUAAAGUUCACGAGAUGGAAGCAUUUGAUCCAGAAGGCAAUGCAGCUGCAGAUUUGUGGCAUUCACUGCAUAGUCUUGGUUAUGAUACUCAAUUAGCAUCGAACUUUGGAUGUUCGUAUGAUAUUGAAGCACACUCGAAUACACCAAUCAAGAUGAUUCCCCGAUUGCAAAAUGUGGUGAAAAUGCAUAGAGCUUUCAUUUUGGGAAAUCUUUACCAUCUCGGCGAGGAGGAUGAUCGUUUCGAAAUUCGUCCUCAUUUGUUCAAAACCGAAUAUUUUGGACUACUCAUAGCUAGAAAAGAAGAUAAAUAUGCAAAGGAGACUUAUCGAAUUCAGCUGAGCUCUCGGGAACAUUUGAAAAUUAAUUUUCCUCAUCAAGUUGACAGUCUGAUUAGACUUGCAGAUUCUGACAGUGAAUGGGUGCUCGUGGCAUCCUAUACAGUCACAGAUCCAGAAGCUCAACUUGUUUAUACUCUGGAAAAAGUUACAAAAUCAUCAAAUCCAACAUCACCAUCUCUUCUCAAAGCAUAAUUAUACCCAAGCCUAAUCUGAAAUGUUUGAAAUAUUGAUAUCAUAGAUAAAUAUUAAUUUUUCAAAAAAA